GAGUUCCACCGUUGCGCUCGCCACGUCUUCCUUAGCUAGCUUGCUGGGGACAGGCAGGGGGAGGGAAAACUGAGCGGGGCGGGAACUAUCUCCUCUCGCGAGAGCUGGCGACGGCGGCGGCGACGGCGGCAGCAGCGGCGGCGGCGGCGUGUCCGUGAGAGUGGCGUGGGGGCAGGGAGGAGAGGCGGCGGCGGCAGCGUCCAAGCUACGCCACUUGGGCCGGGGCGUUGGGAGCGGGAGUGCAGAGCGUGGUCGUGGCGGCGGCGGUGAGAAGAGCGAGGCGGAGGAGGGGGUGCCAUGGCCGGGCAGCAGUUCCAGUACGAUGACAGUGGGAACACCUUCUUCUACUUCCUCACCUCCUUCGUGGGGCUCAUCGUGAUCCCAGCGACAUACUACCUCUGGCCCCGAGACCAGAAUGCCGAGCAAAUUCGAUUAAAGAAUAUCAGAAAAGUAUACGGAAGGUGUAUGUGGUAUCGUUUACGGUUAUUAAAACCCCAGCCAAAUAUUAUUCCUACAGUAAAGAAAAUAGUUCUGCUUGCAGGAUGGGCAUUGUUCUUAUUCCUUGCAUAUAAAGUUUCCAAAACAGACCGAGAAUACCAAGAAUACAAUCCUUAUGAAGUCUUAAAUUUGGAUCCCGGAGCUACAGUGGCAGAAAUUAAAAAACAAUAUCGUUUGCUGUCACUUAAAUAUCAUCCAGAUAAAGGAGGUGAUGAGGUUAUGUUCAUGAGGAUAGCAAAAGCUUAUGCUGCUUUAACUGAUGAAGAGUCCCGGAAAAAUUGGGAAGAAUUUGGAAAUCCAGAUGGGCCUCAAGCCACAAGCUUUGGAAUUGCCCUGCCAGCUUGGAUAGUUGACCAGAAAAAUUCAAUUCUGGUUUUACUUGUGUAUGGAUUGGCAUUUAUGGUUAUCCUUCCAGUUGUGGUGGGCUCUUGGUGGUAUCGCUCAAUACGCUAUAGUGGAGACCAGAUUCUAAUACGCACAACACAGAUUUAUACAUACUUUGUUUAUAAAACCCGAAAUAUGGAUAUGAAACGUCUUAUCAUGGUUUUGGCUGGAGCUUCUGAAUUUGAUCCUCAGUAUAAUAAAGAUGCCACAAGCAGACCAACGGAUAAUAUUCUAAUACCACAGCUAAUCAGAGAAAUUGGCAGCAUUAAUUUAAAGAAGAAUGAGCCUCCACUUACCUGCCCAUACAGCCUGAAGGCCAGAGUUCUUUUACUGUCUCAUCUUGCUAGAAUGAAAAUUCCUGAGACCCUUGAAGAAGGUAUUUGUGAUUCUGGUAUCUACAGUUUUAGUGGGGUGAAAGCAGCAGAUUUAAUUAGACUUAAUGGUGUGUAUUACAUCUUCUCUGAAAGGGAGUUUCGUGCUCCAACUUUGGCAUCCCUAGAAAACUGCAUGAAGCUUUCUCAGAUGGCUGUUCAGGGACUUCAGCAAUUUAAGUCUCCCCUUCUGCAGCUCCCUCAUAUUGAAGAGGACAAUCUUAGACGGGUUUCUAAUCAUAAGAAGUAUAAAAUUAAAACUAUCCAGGAUUUGGUGAGUUUAAAAGAAUCAGAUCGUCACACUCUACUGCACUUCCUUGAAGAUGAAAAAUAUGAAGAGGUUAUGGCUGUCCUUGGGAGUUUUCCAUAUGUGACCAUGGAUAUAAAAUCACAGGUGUUAGAUGAUGAAGAUAGCAACAACAUCACAGUAGGAUCCUUAGUUACAGUGUUGGUUAAGUUGACAAGGCAAACAAUGGCUGAAGUAUUUGAAAAGGAGCAGUCCAUCUGUGCUGCAGAGGAACAGCCAGCAGAAGAUGGGCAGGGGGAAACUAACAAGAACAGGACAAAAGGAGGAUGGCAACAGAAGAGUAAAGGACCCAAGAAAACUGCUAAAUCAAAAAAAAAGAAACCUUUAAAAAAAAAACCUACACCUGUGCUGUUACCACAGUCAAAGCAACAGAAACAAAAGCAGGCAAAUGGAGUUGUUGGGAAUGAAGCUGCAGUAAAGGAAGAUGAAGAAGAAGUUUCAGAUAAGGGCAGUGAUUCUGAAGAAGAAGAAACCAAUAGAGAUUCCCAAAGUGAAAAAGAUGAUGGUAGUGACAGAGACUCUGAUAGAGAGCAAGAUGAAAAACAGAACAAAGAUGAUGAAGCAGAGUGGCAAGAAUUACAACAAAGCAUACAGCGAAAAGAGAGAGCUCUACUGGAAACCAAAUCAAAGAUAACACAUCCUGUGUAUAGCCUUUACUUUCCUGAGGAAAAACAAGAAUGGUGGUGGCUUUACAUUGCAGAUAGGAAGGAGCAGACAUUAAUAUCUAUGCCAUAUCAUGUGUGUACACUGAAAGAUACAGAGGAGGUAGAGCUGAAGUUUCCUGCACCAGGCAAGCCUGGAAAUUAUCAGUAUACUGUGUUUCUGAGAUCAGACUCCUAUAUGGGUUUGGAUCAGAUUAAACCAUUGAAGUUGGAAGUUCAUGAGGCUAAGCCUGUGCCAGAAAAUCACCCACAGUGGGAUACAGCAAUAGAAGGGGAUGAAGACCAGGAGGACAGUGAGGGCUUUGAAGAUAGCUUUGAGGAAGAAGAGGAGGAAGAGGAAGAUGACGACUAAGCAGUACUCUGAACGGACCACAGUGUUUGCACAUAUUUGCAAUUUUUUGCUGUUUUGGAAGUGUAUAAUAAACCAGAGACAGUACAGAACUGAUGUUGAGGGAGGUGUAGUUUUUUUUAACUCUAGAAAUGGGUGCAUAAUAUAACUAGGCAGUGGUGCCUUGGUACAACCUGAAAAAUGUUAAGGCUUAUUGAAACCUUUCAAGUAUGGGAUGGUGCAUUUAUUUCAUCUGCAAAUGAUAAUAAAUCCUUUGUUAUUAUAACUGUCCAGAAGUGUGGGCUAUGUAUUAUCAGUCUAUGGUCCCAGUAAAAGCAAAGAUGCAGGAAACACAGUCUAUAAAUGAGCGACUUUUCUUUGUUCAGCUUUAGUUUUAGCAAACACCACAAAUCUGUUUUAAGUAACAUUGCUCAAGUUUAUAAUCUCUUGAUAAGCUCUAUUAUUGACAUUUUGCAGUGAUACAAGACUGUAACAGCUCCAUUCAUAGAUUUAAACUUUUAUUUUUACUUAUCUUGGUCAUAAGUUGGCAUUCUCUCACAUUCCACAUGAUAUAGAGGGCUACAUUUUGGAAUUUUUCUUUUCUUAAUUGUCCAGUUAUCGGACAGAUUAUAAAAAUGGCUUUUAAUGGCUUAAAACAUUUCUAAACCUGUAUCUUAGCAGAUCAGUGCAGGAUCUAAUUCUUUUGAUAAACUGUAGCUCUAAAGUGAUAGUGGGACCGUAUAUUUUCUGAUAUUGGUGGCUUAUGUUAUUAAACCUUUUAUUAAAAAGGUUCACUUUAAAAGCUGAACUACAUCCUUAGUUUUCAGUCUACCUGACUCUAUCAGGAGCUUUUUAAGGAAAGUAAGUAUAACAUGCAAAGGAAGCUUUUUUUGUAUUCAUUUUGGACUCCUGUCAAUAAAAAUAGAAGUUUGUUGACUCGUUUUAUGUUUCAAUGGUGUGUGUCUUUUUACUGUCAGGGCAUAAAUAGGGGAAUCCACUUCUUUAUUUUUCAACUAAAAAUUGAAUAGUAUUGUACAUUACUGCUAAAGUGACUGCUAUUUCUGUAUAGUAUAGGAAAACCCAGGAGUAAGAGGGAUUUCCCCUUGUAGUACAACUGGAAAGAUAGUGCUUGUAAAGAGUAGAGAUGUAUACAUGAUGAAUCACUGAGGGAGGGUGGAUAUUUUUAUUCCUAGAUGUGGAGGAAGCAUAAGUCUGUAGUAUUAUAAAACUGAUUAUAAUAAUCCUUUCCCAUCAAAAUUUCCAUAGGUCAAAAUAUUGUUGGAAUACUACAAUUUGCAACCUUGUUUACUUAAAAGGUUGCCACUUUCAGUGCAGAAUUACCACUGCUAUCUUAUUACUGCAGUAGUUGGAAGUAAAAAUUGAAAAUUA